CUUUCCGCGAGACCGGCGACCCGUGAACCGCCAAGUCAGUUGUCGGUUAUCAAAUGCACACACACACGCACAAGGUGCCUACCCGAGUCGAUUGACUUAGCAUCGCCUACACCGACUGUCGGACCACCGAUAUCGCCGUGUCGACCACAGUGCUGUUUUUGCUUAACUCUUUUCUCAGCACGUUUUCACCGGUGUCCGUGUUACAGCCGCAUACAAUAUCAUUGCAAACCAACGAAUUUGCAAGCACUCGAUCUUUCGAGUACUGACAUUUCAUACCUACCUGCCUGUCCGCCCGUCAACAGUGUCUCCAUAGGAACUUUUCCGGCUCGGCGUCUGUGACUGGGCGCACCCCGAUCGGCGUGGUUAUCCGACACACGUUUUGUAAAGAUGACAAAACCGUGUCCAUCGUCCACCGCAUAUUCAAAAGAACUUGUUCAUUAGCUCAUAUAAUCAUCCAAAGAUCAAAAUGCACAAGAAAAAUAUAAAAAACCUAGAUUAUUUUGGGCUAUUAUGCCUUAUAGUAUGUCUUUGCAUAAGUGAAUCAAAGACACAAUGCCCAUGGCAAACGGAUCCAUCAUCCGCAGAACUUCAGUCGUCCUGUAUAUGUUCAACAAAUAUGGCACAAGAAUUAUCCGUGCAGUGUGAUCUUGUGAAUUAUGAAGUAUUAAUGCAAACACUCGAUAAAUAUUCACAAGGAACACUGGACUUACUUUAUAUAAAUAAUAGUUCAGUUAAAACUAUUGAUGAUUCUAGUUUUGCUAAUCUUAAAAUUCACAAUUUACAAUUAUCGGGCUGUCAAAUACACACAAUAUCACCAACAGCAUUUAAAGGAUUAGAAAUUUAUUUAAGACAUUUAAGUCUACAAGACAAUAAAUUAGAUGAAAUACCCAAUUUAGAAGGACUUAUUAACUUGACAUUAUUGGACCUUUCAAGAAAUCGAAUUUCAAGAGUUCCAGAUAAUGUAUUUGCUUCAUUAAAAAAUUUACAAACAAUAAAACUAGCAGAUAACAACCUUACAUUAUCUAAAAAUGCAUUUAGAGGUCUUGAAAACAGUCUAAAGAAUUUGAAUCUUAAAGGAACAAAUCAGAAAUAUUUACCCGAGUGUAUAAAAAGUUUAAAAAAUUUGGCAUUUUUAGAUUUAGCACAAAAUAUUUUAAGUGAGCUACCAGGAAGUUCUGCACAUAUUUUUCAAGGUUUAGAAGCUUUAACUGCUCUCAAUUUAGAAAGAAACGUAAUUCAGUCUUUGGGAGAAUUCACGUUUGAUGGAGUCAAAAAUACACUAAGUUCACUGAGUUUGCUCAAUAAUUUACUCACUGAUUAUCCAACUACAGCUAUUAGUAAGCUACCAGAACUGAGAGUAUUAGAUCUUGGCUUUAAUCUCAUUAAAGAAAUACCAAAUGACGCAUUCUUAGCAAAUCCUUCUUUAACCUUACUAGCAUUAGAUGGAAAUCCUAUCGAAACUAUUCCCAAAAAAGCAUUUACACAUCUAAAUACUACUUUACGUGGGUUAAGCUUAGGAGGACGAUAUUUACAAUGCGAUUGUCGGAUACGAUGGGUAAUAGAAUGGAUUAAAAACGGUGAUUUACAAGUGACCAGCAGAGAAAGAAAUCCUCAGUUUUGUGCUAGUCCAUCAUAUCUUAAAAAUAAACAUUUCUAUAAAAUCGAUCCUUCAGAAAUGGUAUGCGAUAAUGAUCAAAGUCCUUCUGAUGCGUCAACAGUGUUAGACACUAUUAUAGAAGAAGACGAUGAAGAUUCCCAACAUCAGAUUGGAACUGGUGUUGGAUAUGCUAGUCCUACAGUUGUUUCACCCGAUGUAUUUCCGUCAUCAAAAAAUAAAUUAAAAAAGAAUCCUCCAAUAGCAGAAGUAGAAGUUGUGAAAACUACUAAUACUUCUGAAUUACUUGGAAUGAUGGAAACUACAAGAACUAUUCCUUCAACUACGGAAAGUACGACGGUUUCAGUUGAUACAACAACAAAAUAUUUUGUACAAAACUCUACAAAUGCUAAACCAACAAACACAAGUCGUAAAGCCAAUUUAGUUAUAACACGGCCACAGACAGUACAGACGUCCCAGAAACCACCGCUAAUACUAGGUUCUUACCCUAAAAAACAAGUUCAAGAAGUCAUCAUAAGGAGUGUUCACAGGCAAGAUAAUUCCGUUAUAAUUCAAUGGGAUUCCGAAACGGCAAAUAUCUUGGGAUUCAGAGUUGUAUAUAGGCUUUUUGGAGACCGAACUUUCAAGCAAGGUCCGCCUCUCGAAACCAGUGAACGAGAGUUUAAAAUUAAAAACGUACCAUACCAGGAAUGUAUCAUCGUAUGUGUCAUAUCUCUGGAAGAAAUAACCAUCACACCGGACACGGUGCCAUACAGCCAGUGCCGAGAAAUACGGACAGCGGUAACGAUGACGAGUAACAUGGACCGAAUAACGAUAGCGGCGAGCGCAGCCAUAUGCGGUACGGUCUUGAUCGCAGUCGUCGUGUUCAUUGCGGCUAGUAAGCGUCGCGCCAAAAAACUUCAAACAUUACACCACUCAGUAGCGUCCUGCCAUCCAAGCAAAAACGGCAUCCCGGUCGGCACGUUGCCAGCGAACUGUUACACCGGACAAAACGCAGCCCAAAUGUCCUCGUUGGCCGCCCUAAAUGCGUUUAACAGUCACAAGGAUUGGGACCAGGGUUCGGUCUACAGCAAUCGGAGUCUAAAUCCAUCCCGAAUGUAUCGAGUAGCCGAUAGCAGACAAGGACUCAACGAAGACUUACAUUCGAACGUUUCAAACUUCAGCGCUAAACCGCCGAAGAUGCGUUCGGUCGCUGACGGCCAGUCGCAAAACAGUUUCUCCAACAACUCCAUGAGGUAUUUGGGCGGAAACAACGCAUACGCAUCCGAUCUGGUGAACUCCAGGCCCGAAUUGAGGCAGUCGCGGCAGUCGUUGGCCGUCUCCGAGAGGAUGUCGCACAUCAGUUAUCCUGGCAGUGGCCGCACGAACACGUCACGCAAUAAGCCCAGACAACGUUCGAGGACCAGAGAUGGAACGCAAAACAGACCGCCCAGUAGGUACAGUCACGCCGGUUCCCAUCACACGCUCAACAAUUAUUGCGGCGGAGACACGUCGGAUAACUGGACCGAUCACGACAUGGACAUAUACAUGACCAGAAAUCCGACGACCAGAAACGGUCUUGUGCCACUAUAGAAUGUUAUUAUUAUUAAUAUAAUGAGAUUAUUAGCCAUUAAAUGUACGAUACGCGCAUGAUGCACACUACGUAUUAUAAUAUACAAUUAUUGCAAUAUACGUAUACAGUAGGUAUACACAUACAAUAAGCACUUGGAGAGCUCAAUAUUGUAAUUUAUUUAUUUGUAGCAUUUAUUUUAUGCAACUAUGACAACACAGUAUUAUAACUAUAUGGUAUAUUAUGGUUAUAUUCUUAUUAAAUGUCCGUUUGACUAAUUAGACUUAAGACUAUAAUAGUCGUAAUAUUAUGCAGAAUAAUAUUGCGAUCAUACAUAUGUACCAUAAUUUUUUUUUCGGCAUAUAAUUAGAUAACUUUUUACGUACAUAUUACAUUUAACACUGUUCAUUCUUAAUAUUAUUUCAAGUACAAAUAAUAUGAAUACGUUUAGAAUCACGUAUGACAAGUAAUUGAACAAUAUUAUAAUUUACUUAUUUUCACAUCGUAUGAUUAAAUUGUAAAUAACAACAAUCAUUAUUUCGUACCAUGUAGGUAAUAUCUAAUAUAUACAUUGUUUUAUGUAUCUACCUUACACAGAUCCAAUCUAACUAAAAACAUAUAUAAUUUAAAUUUUACUUUUAUACUUUUAAUAUAACGAACAGUUGUAAUUAGUUUUACAGAUUAUUAUAAUUUUAUUUUUUAUUUAUAAGUAAUUGAGGUACUACUAUGAUUAUAUCGAGUUAUGUCCUACCUCCACCACACAUAACUCGUGUACCUAUGACAAUAGCAAUACUUUAUUAUUAAAUAAUAAUUUUUAAUUUUUAAUCAAAUUUAUUAUUAAUUGUUGUUCAAUCUAUUUACG